GCGUCGCGAGCCGGUCCGGGCCUGUUGGCUUUCCUGGCGACCGUUGAGCGCGCGAUUUGUGUUGGAACUGCCCAAACUGGGGCUUCUCUAACAUCAGCUUUCCAGGCAGCCCGAGUAGGUCGGCUGUCCCAGAGUGAGUCUUUUCCGCAGCAAGUCGGGAAAGCCCUUCAUGCCACGUAGGCUCUGCCAAGAGAUACACAGUCGGAAGUGUGCUGAGCACCAGGAAUACCCUGGAGCCCUUGGGACAGAGCCAAAGCCACCACUCCAGGCUCCUCCCUGGCCACCUGGCCUGAGUUGCUCCCGUCUAAGCCAUUUCUCCUGUGUCCCCAGUGGGUUAUUGCAAACACCCAGACUGGCCCUGUCCCUCUGAGUUACUCAUCAUCUCGUCUUCUGAACCACAAGGCUCUGAUGUGAGAGCCAGCUGUGGCGAAGGCCCCGGCCCCUCCUAUUCCUGAGGACCACUACUGCUGUAGAUGGCAGGACCGCUGCCGCAGCUGGCACCCGCCAGGCUGCUCUAUUCCUCUUGUUCCUUGGAGAAGACUCUGCAGUGCAGCUGUUCCUUCCAUGGGAUCCCCACACCCUCCGUGCAGUGGUGGAUGGGAGGUACUCCUGUGGGCGUGAACAACACCGAUGGCAGCCUCCAGGUGACUUCCACAAUAAUUGCCCCCUGGGCCAACAGCACCAUCAGCCUGACAGAGCAGCCAAGAAUGAGCACGAGGCUUCUCUGUAAGGGGAAGAACAAAAAUGGAACCCACGCUUUGAGCAUCCUGCUGAUACCAAGAGAGAGGUCUUCGCCGGGCAAGACUUUCAUUAAUGGGCUGAUCCAGGGCCUUGUCUAUGGAGCCAUUGCAACUGCACUGCUAUUCCUCUGCUUCACCCCACUCAUCAUGAAAUAUAUCAGAAUGAAGCUGUCAAAGAAAGUUGCAGUGGUCAAAGCAACAAACAACCCUAUCAGAGCAAGCCAAGAAGCCAAGAUGCCUCUGAAGCCUCAAGAGCCAGAAAAAUCCACAGUCAGCCCAUCUUCAGAGAAGCAGAUAUUGCAUCCCUUACCCUAGACUUCCAGAAAAAAGCAAAAUAAACUGGAACUGAUGAAGCCUGUGAAGACUACAUGCCUACCUGGAGUCCCCACUGUCCAUGGAAUUACCACAGUCUACAGAAUACUCAGCAACCCCCAGAAACCCUGGAUGGAGUCUAUGACAAACCCAAAGCCCCCAGAGUCUCCUCAUCUCACAAGGACCCCUCAAGCCCCACCUGCCCCUCACACUGAUUCUCCGUUGAAUAGGGUUACUUUGGAACCUGGUCUUAGAACGUUUGAAAGCAAACUCUAUGAUCUGCUGUUCGGGUUAACUAGAAGAAAUAUGCCUUGGCCUAUGGUGUCAAAGGAAGGGAAAAUAAAUAUGAGACCAUGGUCCACCAAAAAGUAGCUUUGGAGCCCCUACUGUAUGCCCAGAACCUGGAAUGUACAUACAAGAACACCAGGCUUUAGAGCCAUCAUAUAUGGACUGAAUACAAACUUCAGUGCUUAGUGGCUAUAUGUCUUUGGAUAAGACCUUUCCCCACUGCCCUGAGGCAUACAUGGGUGGAGAGUGAGUGAAAAGUGGUGUCCAGAGGUGGAGGUGGAGAAAAGACACAAAGUGUGUCCAAGAGCCCAGAGGGGGUCUAUGCACUGGAGCUCAGGUUGAACAGUGAGCUCCUGAGGUCCCUGAAUGCCAAGAUUAAGGCAUUAGAACUUUAUCUGGUAGGAUGUUAAUCCUGACUCCCUUGGAAUGUAAGUUCCACAAAACAGGGAUCUUGUCUGUCUGGUUUUCUGCUUGUACCACCAGCACCUAGAAUGGUUCCUAAAAUAUAACAGACUCUCAAAAA